AUGGCUGGCCAGCGUUGCUUGACAAGUGUCGCUUCUAAAAAUGAUCCUAAAAAUGCUGCUUCCAAUUUUUCAAUUUUGACCACGUACGGAAAUAAAAGCGUGAAGCUGAAUAUCGCGAAAGAUGUGGUAAUUAUGUACGAAAAUAGUUUGCUGGAGAAGGGAAAAAUCUUAGAAGAAGAGAAGCAAAAACUGAACGAAUUAAACGAUCAAGUGUGGUCGCUGGAAGAUUUAUAUUGCAAUCAGAUAUGGCAGUUUUCGCGCGAACACGAUUUCUCCGUCAUUUUCAAACACUAUCCCUUUGUUACGAAGAGUAACCGUUGUAAAAAGCAAAAGAACAACUCCAAAGACGAUGCAGAAAGGUGUUCGAAGUUGGUCGAUCUCAUAAGUGAAAUCGAUGCUAUCAAGGCGGAGAUAUUUGAUCUCAAUCGCGGGAAAAACUUCAAGCGAGAUGUGGAAGGUGCGUUAAUGAACUUAAAGAAGUUGCAACUAAUUUCGGAAGAAGCUAUAGAACUGCUGAGAUUGAUAAAUCCUCCGGAACCUUCAUACGAUGCUGCUGCAACGAUAUCAAUGCCGAUAUAUGACGAAAUGAUCCCUAAUGAUAGCGAUAAAAUUACACGACACAAAAAUGAUUUGGAUUGCAAAAAUUUCAAGAACAAGAAGGCGCGCGGAAAUCAAAAGGAGUUGUUAUUACGAAAUAAAUUGCGCUCGAAGGGUGAUAAAUUAAAUAUCGCUGAUAAUAAAAAAGUAAUUGCGACUUCUAAAAAUUAUUCACAAUUGUACCUUGAAAGAAGCAUUGUAUUCAGUGCGAAAGCCGGGGUUACAAACGUAUCUACGGAACUUACCAAUGACGGGAAACACAAAAGUUUCACUCCGAAGGAACGCAGCGACAUUUCUAUCAUAUUUGAGAAGCAUCGUGAGCACACAAGACAUAAGUAA